AUGGAUCAUCAUAAUGAUACAUUAUUUUUUAAACUUUGGAAAAAUAAAUAUAUAAAUAGAAUAAUUUUUAAUCAUUUAAAGCUUUUUAAUAUAUUUUAUCAAUGGAGGCAAUUCAGCUCUUUACAAUCAUUAAUUGAAUUUAAAUAUAAAUAUUAUUUAAAUGAAAUCGAUAUAAAUUUUAGUGUUGACCAUCAAGAUUGCUUAGAAUCGAUAUUACCAACAAACAUCACAAAAAUCUCAAAUACAGACUAUUCCUCAAAUUUCAAUUUAAAAUCAAUACCACCAUUUAUAGAAUCACUUUACAUUACACAAAAUGACAUACCAAUAUUUAAAUUACUAAAUAAAUCAUCAAUCAAAUAUUUAACAAUAGUGUAUAGUAGUAAAAAAAAAACCAGUUACCUUAAUGGUAAUGAAGGAUUAAUAGAAAUUGUAAAAGACUCGUUACCAGAUACAUUAAUAGAAUUAACAUUAAUUAGAUACCCAUUCAAAAUUAAAAAAGACACUAUAAAUAAUACAUCAUUGAAAAAGCUAGUAGUAGAUGGAUAUUGUGAAGUCGAGCUGCAAUCACUACCGGAAUCAUUAGAAAAUCUAAAAUUGGGUGAUGACCAAUCGAAUCCAAUCAAGCUAGAGCCAGAUUUAUUUCCAAACAAUUUAAAAGAGCUCUCUCUAUAUUGCAAUCCUUAUGUAAGAUAUGUAAUACCCGAUAACUUUGAAUUCCCAGAUCAACUUGUGCGUCUUGAAAUCACAUGCGAUGAUAGCAGUACUAUUGCAGCAAUUCCACCAAACUUACAGUCAAUUGAAAUCGAAUCGAAAAAACUAAAUCAAAGCAUGCUACUAACAAAAUUAAAAUCAAGAAACAUCAAAUCUUUAACUCUUAACACAAGAGAGAUACUUGACAUAAAUGGAAAAUCAAUUUUACCAAAUUCACUAGAGUAUCUAAAUUUCAAGUAUAUGGGAAGUUUGAAUUACAACCAGCAAUUACUUUUAAAUCAUCUGCCACCCACCUUGAAGCAUCUUUGUUUCGAUUUAAAUUCAAAUUUUACAACAUCCACAUACGGCUUUAACAAUGGCGGAUAUCCCCUAAUAAAAAACGAAAUGGUAUUCCCAUCAUCGUUAACUUAUAUUAACUUUGGUGACUCUUUCAAUACCUCCAUUGGUGUUGGUGUGCUUCCAUCAGGACUUAAAAGGCUAAUCUUGGGGGAAAUAUUCAAUAAAGAAAUUAUUCAAGAUUCUAUACCUUAUAAUUUAGAGCUUUUAAAAAUUAGAAACAGAUACUACGAUAAAACAAUCAAGCUCAAUAACCCAUACACUCUGGUGGAUUCCUCAAAAUACUAUAGACAAUUCGAAAAAGAUACAGAAGGACUUAGAACAUUUAAAGUACCAUCAGAUUACACCAGAUCCCUGGAAUUACUCUUUCUAUCCAAUAAAGUCAAUUUAGAGUAUUUAGAUAUGAGCAGCUUUGUUUAUAAUGAAACUUUUGUCCCAGGAAGAGAUAUACCACUCAAUAACAACAUCAAAACUUUGGCUCUAUGCUAUCCAUUCUCUGACACCAUUGACCUUGAAGUCUUUCAAAAUUUAGAACAUUUAAUUAUAAAUGAUGCACAAGCAAAAAUUGUAACAUCAACCUAUGACCAAUAUCAUAAUGAAAAUAACAAAAAACAAGAUUAUAAUUUUUAUAAAUUAAAAAAAAUUACAACUUUAUCAACAAAUUCAAUAUUUUUAGAUCAACUAGAUGAAAUAUUUUAUCAAUUUAUAAAGUUAAUUUAA